GAUGUCACUUAAAAUAUUUUUUUGUGUUUAUGAUUUGAAAAUUGAAAACAAUAAAAAUCUUUGGACUCGAAUAACGCCAUUACGCAACACUCAAAACAAAACAGAAAGCUUAUUAAAAAGAUUAAAUUAUCAUCUCGAAGAAAUGUUGCAAAGACUUCGUGCUAAUUACUCUAUCGCCCAAAAAAUACGUAGCAUAACCUACUAUAGCGAUGGCCCCAAACAGGUUGAUACAACAUACAUGGAAAUACCUGUUUAUAACGUCGAUAAGCCUCAGACCCUGAGUGUUCGUAAAGCCAGGCUUCACUACCAAUCCAGGAAACGGGGUAUGUUAGAGAAUGACCUCUUGCUGAGUACCUUUGCUAAAAAGUAUUUGGAUACCUUCAGUGAGGAACAGACAAUGAUGUAUGACCGUCUCAUCAAUUCUCCAAGCAAUGACUGGGAUAUCUUUCACUGGAUUGUUCAGAAACAACCUACUCCAAAAGAGUUUGAUAAUGAAGUUAUGGAUCUUUUAAAGAAACAUGCUAAAAAUGAAGAGAGAAUACUGUUAAAACAACCAAACCUGUAUUAGCAUAGUACAUAAUAGUUUAAUAUUUUGAAUUACUGAGCAAAUUUUUAGAUAUUUUAAAAUUUUAGUUUAAUUUCUGUAGUUACCAUUACAAAAUAGUUACAAAAAAUAUGUUGAUUAACAUUUCUUUGUUUCUAUUUAGUAUCUUGACAUUUGCAUUGCAUUACAUUUAAUAUUUGUUGAAAUCAAGAGAUAUCUUGUUAUUGUUAUAUGAAUAAAAAUUAAAUCAUU